CAAGAACUCAGGACAACGUGUUUCGACUCAAUUUCAUAUUAAUUCCAUACUUUCUCUUUUGUCAUUGUAAAUAUACAUCAUCAAAAUAAACUACAGUCACAUGGGCUUUUCUCUACGAGUCAAUCGUACUGCGCGUGCAGUGGGGCCAAAUCAAAUCACAUGUUAAACAUCUGCAGAUUCCACUCACAUCUGCACUGCAUGUCAGGAUUGCCCAUCCAACAUGGCACAGGGAACCACUGAUCUGCGGACACUACAGAUAAAGGUGUUAUAAAGGUGAUGAUGUUUUUAGGGCAGCACAGAGUCAAAUGUAUUGGCCUGGACAGAGCAGGUCCAUUUCACUGACCCCAUCAGUACACAUAUGCUCCAUGAUCUGUUUAAACGUGUAAACAGAGUAAUAUUUUAUCUGUUUUAUGAGUGACCCAUUUCUAUAUUUUCCUACUAGCAAACACAUCAAUCCCAAGGCGAGAUUAUUUCCAGGCUACUCUGUUUUGAGUUGUUGAUGUUUUGAUUAAAACCCAUUCUAUUCAAGGGACUGGUCAAACAGGCUAGUAACUACGGUACACACUCUUAAAAAUAACACAUCACAUGUUCUUUUUGGGGCGCAUGGUGGCUUAGUGGUUAGCACGUUCGCCUCACACCUCCAAGGUCGGGGGCUCGAUUCCCACCGGCUUUGUGUGUGCGGAGUUUGCAUGUUCUCCCCGUGCUGCGGGUACUCCGGGUACUCCGGUUUCCUCCCCCAGUCCAAAGACAUGCGUGGUAGGCUGAUUGGCAUGUCCAAAGUGUCUGUAGCGUAUGAAUGUGUGUGUGAGUGUGCCCUGUGAUGGAUUUGUACCCUGCCUUGUGCCCGAUUCAAACGUUGCUUCAAACAUUGUGCAAACUGAAGGCUGUGAAAAAAGGUAUUAAAUGUAUCUAUGUGGGCUAUGCUGUACUUCAAAGAACAAGUUAAAUCACUAUAUUAAAAAAGCAAAACAAAAGCACAAACUAAGUGUUAACUGAUAAGAAGGUUGAAUGUUCUGCAGUAACACACAUUCACUCAUCUGAACACAGUAACAUUACUUUAUUCUGUAAAUGUUUGACACUUCUUUACAUUUAUAUACGAUUACAUGUUCUAACCCCAUUACAGUUACUGCUCUCAUAAAAAAACACAAUUACUUUAGUUUCCAAAUAUCACUAAAUAUAGCAUCAAACAACAUUUUUGAUCAAAAUGAAUAUUUUAGUCAGUUAUUGCACUUCCUUUAUAUUGCGUGCUGUUUGAUUGAUGCGUGGACUUGCGCUAAUUCAGUGAAGUUUAAUGGAGACUCGCUCGCUGUCAGGACGAGUCUUUAUGUAAAAUGGAAAUACUGGCGUGAAUUUCUAACAUUUAGAAUACAUGUGUUGUAUUCAUGGAAAUGUGUGAAGUUAUUCACAAUGACAUCACAGACCCGACUAAUCCAUAAUGAAAUUCCUCGUCGGAUUAUUUCAGUGAUCGAUUAUUAUUGAUUUUAUCUAUUAAUUGUUGUAGCCCUAGUGGUUUAUAGUUUUCCCCCUACAAUUAUGCUAAAAUGCCAUUUGUUUGUAUGUUAAACUUCUACUAAAAUGGUCACAAAAUAAACAAACAGUUGCAUGAAAUUCAGGUGACUUUUUAUUAAAAUCAUUUAAACAUUUGACAGAUGUAAGAAUUGGAGUUGAUGCAUCUUCUUACAAAUCUCAUAUUUUCCAACUGGGAAGACAGGAGUCUCACUCCCUUUUUUUUGAAAAGCUGUAAAAGAGUGAAAAAAGAGCAAAAUUGUGUUACAGAAUCCCAAACUGUGUAAUUUUGGAAAUGUGACCUCAAUAAAAUGGUGCUGCAUACUCACCAGGAAAAUCUAGCUAACUUGCGAAUACUUAAUUUUCAGCCUUUAGCACCUAAUUACCUUCUGUAACCCCCAACCCCUAUUUUUGUCAUGUUAACCUUGUGAAGAUCUUUUGGACUCGAUUACUGAGCUAGCUAAGUUCUGAUAGCCACUGACCAUCUGCACCUGUUAACCAGCAUUAACAUUCACCGAAUACAUGCAGAAACACAGGUCUAACCCAUUCUCCUAAUGCUAAUUACUACAACUUGCCUUGUCCAAAACACUUGCUAAAUGUAAGUAACAUUAACCCACUGUCUGUAUUACAUCAUGGUGAAUAGCUGUAAUGCUGCGUUAUCAUUCACUUUCAAAAAGGUAAUGAGAAUGUCUAAUAUUACCACAAGCAGCAUGCUCAAGUUGAUAUCAACUCGAUUGAGCAUUUAGGUUAGUAUCACUCAUCACUAACUAACCAUAACUUGGAGCCUCAGAUAAGAUGUGGACACAGAGAGUUAUAGAAUAACCUCAGUCCAUAUUUCACAGCCAACAUAAAAACAUGACUCUAGUAGUGUAAUGCCAGCACUGAGGAAGCAGUACAUGAUAUUCUCUUUUGAAGCCGUUGCGAUACAUAAAUUUAAUUAUCACUCGCCGAGUUACUGUUUUCCAAUGAAUACAUUUUCGAGAGCUCCCUGCCCAAAUGUCAUAAACUCGGCCAGGCAUUUUCAGCAGCAUUAACGCUAAAUAGUGAUGAACGCUAAUUUACCGGUGGUCAUUUCGUUUUCUCGCCUCUGGAUUCGACUCCGCGGUCACAAUCAAAAGGUCAAGAGGCGAGUUUAGAGUUGGACGAUGACGUCAGCAGCCCAGUCCGCAACGUGAUUGGACAAUAAUUUAACACAUUGGUUGGUCACUUGUGUGACCCCCCCCCCCCCCUUUUUAACACAUUUCUUGGAUAAUUUAACACAACGUGUUGAAAUAGUAAGAGCACAAUAAGUGUGUAGGAUCUUAACAUGUCCUUUUUGAGAGUGCAGGGUGUCCCAGAAGUCUCCAUAUGUAGGGGACUAUGUUUGCCAGCACCACAUCAGUUGUGCCUCUGUCAGUGGCUGUUCUUGGACAUCCACGUCUCGGUUGGUCUGAAAAUGUUCCAGUCUUUUUGAAUUUGUUAAUACGUUUGGCAGCAGUGUUGUGUGUCAUGCGCUUGCCAUGUUUCCUGUUAAAGUUCAGAGUUCAUCGCAACCUUGCGGCAGCUUCCCGAUCCAGCCAUGAGAACGAUUUCAAUACGUUCUUCUUAUGUCAGAGGCAUUCUUAAAGGCUAUCUGAAAAAAUAUAUAUACAUAAACUAAGUAUGAAAAAUUUUGGAAGACAUUUUGCUAAAAAAAAAAAAAAAAAGAAGUGUUAAUUUCCUCUGUGUAUGGAGCCAUCUGGGACACCCUGUAUAAUAACCUUGAUAAUGAUGAGUUGUGAUUUCCACCAGCACUUAAGCACAACAAAAAUAGAAAACCACAGAAGUUUUAUUCUUUUUUACAGACUGUGCCUUGUUCAUUCAUUCACUUUGGAAGCACACGGUUCGUCUGCAAAGCCAGUAAAUGUGAUUACUUUUUGCAUCAGAGAGCUGAAGCAAACUGGCUUUCAUUAAUAACCACAGAAUUACCAAGCACACCUUUAUAGCAAAGCCAGAGACACCCGUCUGCAUGUGAUGAUAAAGGCUUCGGACCGUGCUUCAAUAUUUGAUGUGUUGGGCUUGAGAAUGGGAUUGGAUUUCCACCGCUCUAAAUAAAUAAAUAGAUAGAUAGAUAGAUAGAUAGAUAGAUAAAUACAUACAUACAUACAUACAUACAUACAUACAUACAUAAAUAAAUAAAUAGAUAAAUAAAUAAGAAAGAAAGAAAGAAAGAAAGAGACCCCCUGGCUAUGCUUCACUGACCCCAGGACUUCCCUGGACUCCACUUUGAGAACCCCUGGUACAGAUCAAAGAUUAUUGAACAGGUUGGAUGAAACAGAUGUGUCCAGGUUACUUGGUAACUUUUUUUUAAAUGCUAAAGAAUCCCAAUUUAAUCUGGAAGCAUUAACUUCGCAGUGAGGAUUGUGAUGUGCUUGCUUUCCUUACUCUGUGAUGAUUCAACACUGUAGAUAAGCAAGGAUGUGGAGGAGCUGAGCACUAUGCUGUUUAGUGUUUUUUUUUUUUUUAAACCUAUUACAUAAAAUUCAACUUUAUUCAAUUUAAUAAUGAAGGUGUUGUACUGUGUUUCUGCCUUCUUUAUAACAAACACCAUGUUUUGCUGAGAGAGCCUGAAAUAAAACCUGAUCAAUUUACUUUCUCCCUGUAACAUUGCACAUGAUUGAUCAGUAUUAAUUACCUAAAUGACAGCAUUCAGUUACUCCUGCCUGCCGUACAGAUCGUUUGACUUUAUGUUCAUGUUGGACUGGCCACUUUUCACUGUUUGGACAGUCAGACAUAAUAAUAACAACAACUGUUUUUACAUAAUUUCCUCCAUGUAAGGAAUGGCGGUGAAUGUAUACUCCACAUCUGUAACCAACGAGAACCUGAGUCGACAUGACAUGCUGGCAUGGGUGAAUGACUCUCUCCAGCUCAGCUACACCAAAAUAGAACAGCUAUGUUCAGGUGCAGCAUAUUGUCAGUUCAUGGACAUGUUAUUCCCAGGGUGUAUUUUUCUAAAGAAGGUGAAAUUCCAAGCCAAGCUGGAACACGAGUAUAUACACAAUUUCAAAGUUCUUCAGGCAGCUUUCAAGAGGAUGAGUGUGGACAAAAUAAUCCCAGUGGAAAAGCUUGUAAAGGGGAAGUUCCAAGACAACUUUGAAUUCGUCCAGUGGUUCAAGAAAUUCUUUGACGCCAACUACGACGGAAAAGAGUAUGAUCCUCUUCAAGCUAGACAGGGCCAAGACAUCGCUCCUCCCCCGAAUCCAGGUGAACCCUUUUUCUACAAACCCAAGAGAACUGGUCCAGGGCCACAGAGAACAUCGCCAACAGUACCCAAAAACAUGCCCACGCCACAGAGGGUGAUGAACAUGACUGUCAGGAAGAACCCCAAUCUUACUCGGAAUGGAGGUGGCGAUGCUGAGAUCAUGGAGCUUAAUCAACAGUUAAUGGAACUGAAGUUAACUGUAGACGGUCUGGAGAAAGAAAGAGAUUUCUACUUCAGCAAACUGCGAGACAUUGAGCUGAUCUGCCAGGAACACGAGAAUGAGAACAACCCCAUCCUCUCUAGGAUAAUUGACAUCCUUUAUGCCACAGAGGAAGGAUUUGCAGCACCAGAAGAUGAGGAAAUAGAUGAGCAGGCCCACUUGGACCAGGAUGAAUACUGAGUGCUCCCUUACCUUCCCAUCCCUUCCUCCCUCCGUUCCUCCCUUUCCAUGUCCCCAUUCUCUUGCCCCUCUACCCUCUCCUCUGCCUUCACUUUGGAAUUACUCCCCCACUGCACGCUGUUGAUAUCUCCUCCAUUACCUCUGUAUCUAUGGAUGCCCCGUAUGUACUAAGUAUCUGUUUGUCUACUCCUACUACAGUUCAUGCACUACACCUCAGAGGCCCAGUACUACCCACUUCACCCCCAGACAAUAGCAUCAGCAGUGAUAUAUCCUAGUCAUCUCAGCAUGUUUUUCAUUACUACACGGAGAAUGAACAGGAAAAAGGAAUCAGACGCUGAGGGUAGCACAAUGGACUUAACACAGUAAAUGUUAUGAUGAGAAAGUAUUUUUGAAGAAAAAGAAAAAAAAGAAAAAGGAUGCUGCCUGGAAUGCAGUUAUUUGCCUUAGAUCUCCUGCAUAUUUUGUCAUCGCUCUGUACUUGCUCUGUUCAUUAAGGUUAUUCUACAAAAUAUUAAUGUUACUGACAGGCUAGCACAAGAACAAUUAAAAAUACUGUGAAUUAAAUAAGUCUGCCACAUUUGGAUUUGCUAUUUUGGGUCUUUUUGGAUAAAGCAAUUACAAAGAUAUAAUAAAGGAAGUGUAGGAAGACAAAAGAAAAAAAAAAGAGAAGGACGUUUUAAAAAAAAUUAUAAAGAAACCAAACUCAAAGAAUGUAACACAUUGCCCUUCUACCAUCUAGUUAGUUACUGCAUAUCUAAUGGGAGCAUGUAAAUGUAAUACAUGUAUAGUGAAUGAGUGAUAUAUUUUUUUUAAAGGACCUUUGAUUCAGUUUGAUUGAUUCAAUACUGCUCAAACAGUUUCAAAUAAUAAAACUACUGUUGGAAUGCAAAGUGGUAUUUGGUACUAAUCAAUCAGAACAAGGACACUACUGAUCAACUGGCAUUUAAUUGAAGUUUUGCUGCUAAUUUUACUGCAUUUCUGUAUCUUAUUUUAUUAUUUAUUUUAUUCUGCUAUUGAAUAGCAUGAGCUGUGUUUUUGUGACUGUGUUUUAUGUUAGGAGUUAAGGCCCAGAUGUAAAGGAACUGAAUGCUGUUUGCUAGAAGCAUUGUGCUGGCUUUGCAGUCUGAAAGUCUGAAUCCUCACCCAUCUGCAUCACUCAUACUUGUUUUGUCUACAUUUUAAAAAAUGGACAUGAUAGUGUUUGCCUAAAUUGUUUUGCAUUUUAUUGAGUAAAUAAACAGUUGUAAAAAUGUA